AACCACGUCCUCAAACAGCUUCCUCAGCUGACAGACCAGCAGAAGACGAACAUCGAGGCGAUCAUGCUGGCUGUUAUGAAGAAACUGACGUAUGACGACGAGUACAACUUUGAAAACGAGGGCGAAGACGAGGCGAUGUUCGUGGAGUACAGGAAGCAGCUGAAGAUGCUGCUGGACCGUCUGGCUCAGGUGUGUCCCGAGCUUCUGCUGGAGGCCGUACGACGAGUCUUCACCAACACGAUGCAGAAUUGGCAGACGGCUCAGUUCAUGGAGGUGGAGGUGGCCGUCCGGCUGCUGUACAUGUUGGGCGAAGCACUGCCGGCGUCUCACGGCGCGCACUUCUCUGGGGACACAGCGAAGACGAGCGCCCUGCAGGACAUGAUGAGGACGCUGGUGUCGUGCGGCGUGAGCAGCUACCAGCACAGCUCCGUGUCUCUGGAGUUCUUUGAAACGGUUGUUCGAUACGAUAAGUUCUUCAUCGUGGAGCCUCAACACAUCCCCAAUGUUUUGAUGGCGUUUCUGGACCAAAGAGGACUGAGACACAACAGCCCAAAGGUCCGCAGCCGGGUGGCCUACCUCUUCUCCAGAUUCAUCAAGACCCUGCAGUGAGUCCAGCUUCUCUCAUCUAACGCUCC